AUGGAUUUUAGAGCAUUUGAGUACAUGUUCAGUGUUAAGGAUCACAUCGACGAGUGUGCUAUAGAUACCCACAACUGCAGCAAUGAAAACGUCACUUGCCAAAAUACGAAUGGAUCGUUCUUGUGCAUUUGUAAACGUGGAUUCAUCGGGGAUAUACAUAAUUGCACAGACAUCGACGAGUGUAGUCUAAACUCCCACAACUGUAGCGAGAAUUCCAAUUGCACAAAUACCGAGGGAUCUUACAACUGCUCUUGUAAUAAUCCUGGAUUCAGAUGGGAUGGACAUGAAUGCAAAGACAUUGACGAGUAUUCUCAAAACAGCCACAACUGCGGCAAUAUAACUACCACUUGUAAUAAUACCAGGGGAUCAUUCGAGUGCAUUUGUAGACCAGGAUUCAUUGGUGACAGAUACAACUGCACAGACGUUGACGAAUGCGCUAAAAAUGUCCACAACUGCACUCAUGGAAACUCCACUUGCCAGAAUAUCAAGGGAUCAUUCAAGUGCAUUUGCAAAUCUGGAUUCCACGAAGAUGGACGGAACUGCAUAGACAUCGACGAGUGUUCUGAGAAUAUCCACAAUUGUAGCAGGGGCAAUGCCACCUGUACAAAUACCAAGGGAUCGUUCAACUGUUCUUGUAAUCCUGGAUACAUUGGGGAUGGAAACCACUGCCGAGUUCCUAAGGAUUGUGCCGAACUAUACAGAGCUGGACAACGUCUCGAUGGAAUUUUUCAAAUUGAUCCUGACGGUGCAGGUGCCUUUGAUGUUUUUUGUGACCAAACGAUGGACGGAGGGGGAUGGAUAGUAUUCCAAAGAAAACUUCGCGGCUCCUACAACUUCAACAAAGAUUGGAAUGCCUAUAAAAAUGGCUUUGGAAAUCUAUCUGAAAAUUUUUGGCUCGGGCUGGACAAAAUACACCGCUUGACAAAUAGAAGCCAACACCAACUUUACAUUUACCAGCAUUGGUCCCAUGAGUCCCAUCACUUCACUGCAUCCAAUUCAUUUCAUUCCUUUAAAGUACGUGGUAAGGAGACAAAGUACACGUUGGAAUUGAGUGAGGCAG